UGUUUGCUUUAAUCUACAGUUGUUUUCCUCGGGUUGCGGAUCAUAGUCGACACUCCAGGUAUGCCGUCUUCUCCAAAUUCUCCCUUUUCUUUCAAUUGUUUCCUCUGCGACGCAUGUCUUGCUGUUGGUGGGGUCUCGAUUCCUCUAUGAUGACCACCGGAGAAUGCAGUUUCGAUUAAAAUUGGUUUUCGAUUACCGUCACUGACUAGCAGCAGGAACAAGAGCCGACGUCGGUCUCUUCUGAUUUCAACAUCUAUGCCUGAUUCUCCUUCUGUCGCCGCUUCGUGAAUCCAAUGGUAAUUUUUGAAAACACGAUCAUAUCUAUUUCAAUCACAUGAAUCAAACAGACUAUUAGAAUGGUUGUGUAUUGUAUAUUGAAAUCUAUAAAGAAUCAAAACAAAUUCGUUGUACAAAAUGUUCAUAUUUCUAUAUGAUGUACUUUCUGUAUCGUUUUAUGUUUCAUUGUUCUUCGUUUUUGGUUUAGUGAUGAGGAAGAUCUGUAUUACAGGGUGAAUCUACAUGAAGAUGAUUUCUUAUUGUUUAGUGUGCGUCUUAGAUGAAAACACGACCAUAUCACUGAUUUGUAAUGAAAAGAAGUUGACCAAAGGUCUAAUUCUUAGAUGAAAACAUGACCAUAUCACUGAUUUUAUUCCAUGUUUAGUUUGCAAAAUCACAUCUAGGUCAAGAGAUACACGGGUCGGGCUGUACUUUGCCUAUAUCAUUAUAUGAGGGGUCUUUCCCCUGUUCCUCAGAAAAUCCCAAAUUUUAGUGGAGAGGCAGAUGGCUGUCAUGGAAGAUUCGAAGAUAAUGAAGUCAAACUCUUCAUCGAGAGCUGCCAAUCCGACCCUUGGUAUUUCUUGCUUACAUGUGACAGAUCUUCAUCGUCUUCAGCAACCAGUCCUGCUAGCAGAGUACCAUCAAAUGUUGAAGUUAGGGUGGAAAAGAGUGGCGAUGGUGGUGACUCCAUUAACACUGCCACCACCCCCAUCUCACCAUCUCUUUCAAAGCUCAACAGUGGCUCCAUGCCAUCUCCACCAGACCACCACUACCACAAGGAAAACGAAAAAUACUCUGAUCGAGUUAUAAAAAGCUCAAAUGGCUAUGCUUUACCUGGAACAAUGACAGGAAGGUUGGAUGAUUCAGCUAAAACAUAUGGUGAAGUAUUCAUCACUGGAGCAAAACCAAAAUUGCAAUAUGGAUCCUAUCACUCCUUCAACUUUCUGGUUUUUUUAUCAAAAGAAAAGUGUUGUAGACGAUGCAAUUCUUGCCAUAUCAUUAGGUGA